UGGCUCCUCUCGUGUUAAAACAGAACCGUGUCUAAUAUUUCCUGUGUUGCUAUUAUAUAACAAAGUGUCUCGCCUGUUCAUAGAUAACAAAUGGCUUUUGUGUGUAAACAACCCCUAAGGAGUGGCAUCAACAGUGUCAGUGAAACCAAGGUAGCACCCGAUUGGCCCCGCCUGCUUUCGGCUGCUUGCCUUAGAUUGCAGACUGGCUCGAAAUUUCUCUCCCGUGUCAGGAAGAGGAUUUUCUGUCUAACGGGCAGUGCUCCACCAGUGACCUGGUGCCAUAGGCUCCCUUGAGACCUAGCUCCCGGUUUCUGAUGGACUAACCCUUCAGUUCGCGGGCCAUGGGAGAACGGGAGAGGGGAGCCUCGGGGCACCGCGUGCCAGCUCCCACCCCUAAGGCUGCCGGGCACUUUGUUUCCAGCAUUCAGCUGUGGCGACGGCAGCCCGGCACAACCCGGGACUUGGCAAGCCCUUGCUAGCGCGCGCGCUCCUCCUCCUGCUGCCCGCCCGGCCCAGCCCGGCGGAGGACACUGAUGAUCCGCUUGCUCGGCAGCGUCAUGUCAUUCACGCCUAUGCCGCCGCCGCCGCCACCGCCGCCGCCGCCACCGCCGUCCGCCCGAGCCGCGGGGGGCCCCGCCGCGCGCCAGCUAUCCCGUAGGCCCUGCGCGCAGCCAGCGCCCUCUCCCGCCGCCGCCGCCACCGCCGGGGAGAAGAAGAGGCAGCCCGAGAUGCUGCUCUCCAGCUCCUGGCCCUCCGCCACCUUGAAGAGGCCGCCGGCCCGGCGCGGCCCCGGCCUCGGUCCGGGCACCCCGCAACCACCGACCUCCGCGCGCGUCCCGCCCCAGCCCUCUCCGGGCCGUGGGGGGACGCCGGCCACGUGCUCCGCGCCCAGGCGGGUGGCCUGCAGCCACAGCUCCUCCGCAGGAGCCACCGCCGCUGGGACCUCCGCCGGGCCGGGGGCCGGGCCUGACGACGCUGCUCGCUUCUCUUUGAGCCUCACCCCGGAAGCCAUCCUGGUCAUCCAGAGGCGCCACCUCGAGAAGCAGUUGCUGGCGCGACCCCGCAGGCCCUUCCCCACGCCUUCGGCCGACCCCCGGCGCCCACUGGUCCCCUGUCCCCGGACCAGGUCCUCGACCCUGCGGAAGGGCAGUUCCACCAGCGUCCCCGACGCGCCUCUGGCUGUAGCUGUCAGCAGCCGCCCUCCCCGGGCCUCGCUGCUGCCAGGAGGGCUGCAGGCCACUCUGCCCAACCCGCGCACCUCCGGCCUGCGCCCAGUGCUCAAGGUGUCGCUGCUCAACGAGAAGCACAAGUACGACGACGAGGAGUACGAGGAGGAGGUGGAGGUGGUGGACGAGGGCCUGGUGCGCAAGUGCACCGAGUGGCUGCGCGGGGUGGAAUCGGCAGCCGCUGCGAGGGGCCGCACUGGGCAUCUGGACACGCUGCCGCACCUGAGCACGCUGUGAGCCUCAGCGGCCUGGUGGAACGCCGCCUGGCUUGAGGCUCACCACCGCCUCCUGCGUUCCUGGCCCACCUGGGCUCUUGCGAACCAGGUAGGCCAGUGAGGGACAGGACUGUUGCCUGGAACCUUCCCCAGGUGUGCUGUGCCUGGUCAUGAGGGACCCACGGCCUUUUCCAACGGCCGCCACCCACCUCCUGUGCAUCAUCAGCCGGCCUGACUUCAAAGGCUGUCAUCUUCCUGCUCCUCCGUGGGGAGGAAGGACCGGCCUGCGAAAUGCCUUCUAACUUCCCACCCUAAGGAGUGGUCCCAAAGGCCCCCCCCCGGCCCCAGGUGGCAUCCCACUUCCUGGGGACUCUGCAAGCCUGUGGCCACUGAGGGUGUUGCAGGGCUGAGACAUGGUGCUACAUUUAUGAUUUGUUUCCUUCCAAAUCAGAAAGACGGUGGGUGCUGGCAAGCCUAGAAACUCUGGUUAACUUGUAAUCCAGCAAACUCUGUGAGUGAGCUCCAGGGGAACAGGGCUCUGACAAUGCUGGUGGACUUGCGCUCCGCCUGCCAGCUAUGUACUCAGCCGUCACACACACACACACACACGCACACGACACCACUCCCCUGGCAAUGCACAAGCACACUCAUGCUCGCAACUACACCCGCACUUUCCCUCUAGCAGGCACACAGUCACCCACACGUGCCCACGAUAACACAGGCACAGACACUCUCCCAUUCGUGCACAUUUGUGGCCACACACAAGCAGUCACAGCUACACACUGUGUCUCCAGGAGCUCUCUAGAGUUGUUUCCAAGAGCUGAGUCAAGGUGGGGACAGGAGUCAGACUUGGCGUGUGCUUAGGGCGCAGUUUUUAUUUGAGGGCGCAGCAAUGUCUCCUACGCUAGCUAGGGAAGGAGCUUCUCAGCAUAGAGAAGGAAAUGGGGAGGGGGUAAGAGCAGGGCAGAGCAGCUCUGCCCACUGGAGCAGUUUGACAGGAAAGCAGGGCCUACCUGUGGGUGACGAGGCAAAACACGUCUUUGAUUACUGUGAAGAUUGAAGGUUAGUGACAGAGGGGUUCUGUGAGCUGUAAAUAGUGACUUUAAAAAAUUCUAUUUAUUAUGUGAAUGAAGGGUGAAACUCUUGUCUCUUAGUAGCCAUGCCCUUCCCAUUAACUGGAGGAUGAUUCUUUUGUAUUUCUUCUGUGCCUGAGUGGACUUAACCCCAAGGACGAGAAGGAAGUGUUUAUUCUAAUCAGAUAAGGUUGGCUAUAGAAUUGUAAUGCAUUACCUCAAUUUUUUUUUACUUAUCUUAUGCAAGUCAAUAACCAGUUUAAUGUUUAUCUCGUUAGACUUUAAUGUGUCAAUUCUUAAUUGUAUUUUAAAUCAAAGCCUUACAGUUAAAAAAAAACAAUUAUAUAUUUUCCUUGUAGAGAUCUUUGUGCUUUCUCUUUGUGUGUGUGUAUCUGUCUGUCUCUCUCCUCUCUUUCAUUCUUGGCACAAGCUUUGUCAAACAUAAGGCCUUAGCUCAGAGGGAGCUACAUCAGCCAGCAGAUCAGUUUAAAAAAAAAAAAAAGCUACUUAUUGAUUUUAAAUGGUUAACACCAAAGGGGCAAAAUUAGCAACCCUGGGGGGUUGAAUGGAGGACUUUCUCUCUGGCCUGGGUAGAAAGGGCUGUUUCUCCAGGCAGGACAGGUGGAGAGGGCACCGCCUCUGCCCUGGCACAGCAUGGCCUCCUCUCCUCCGCACUCAGUGUAAACACAGUACUUAAGAUGCUCUCAGUACUUAAGACCUCCCUGCUCUCAGCUGUCUCGGGAGUUGCCUAGAGGAGUGGCCUCUUGGGAAGGCUUCCUCCUUCUUGGUCCAUCAUCUCUGCCUGCAAUUUAUAGCAAAAUAAUAGCACUCUGCCCAUCCCUGCCCGUCUGCUUUGAUUUUCCUUCCUCGCUGUCUCCUCCAGGCAGCCCUCUCCCACCUCCCUUUCUAACUAGCCUCAGUACAGAGCUCUGUUUCCUGGUUGGCUACUCACAGGGGCUUGUGUACCUGGUUCUCUAGAGACGGGGGCAUGUUUAUGCUGGGUGGUCUAUGGCUCUCCUUGAGAAAAGGAAAGCCUGCACGUGGUUCGUGAGGUCUCGUCAUCAUUGUUGACAUUCUGAGGACAUUUUCUAGUCACUGUGCUGCAAUUUCUUAAUGUUUAAAUAAAAGAGGAAUCGGA